AUGGCCAAGCAAGACGCCAUUGUCAUUAUAGGCGCCGGCAUCAUCGGCCUCGACGUUGCCUAUGUGCUCGCAGAGCGUGGUCUCGGCUCACAGAUCACCAUUGUGGCCGAGUACAUGCCUGGUGACACUGCGACUAACUACACGUCGCCAUGGGCCGGCUGUAACUUCUCAGCCAUCUCGGGCACGGAUGCCAAUGCACUAAAGUGGGAUAAACUAGGCUAUGCGCAUCUCACGCGCUUAGCGACUGAGUGUCCGGCUGAGUCGUAUGUUGAGCGGACACCUUCGGUCGAGUAUUGGCAGGAGACUGUUCCUCACGACAAGAUCAAACACAUGUCGGACUACCUCGAAGACAAGCAGUUGAAAAACAUGAUCGAUGGGUCUUAUCAUAACAUGCUCCAGUUUAAGGUCCUCCCCGCCAAUAAGUUGCCCGAGGGUGUCAAGGCUGGCAUCACAUUCACAGCGGUCACCAUCAACGCCCCAAAGCACUGCGAAUACCUCCAGAAACAGCUCGAGCAAUCAGGCGUCAAGUUUGUCCGCCAAAGGCUGCCCAAUCUUGAAGCUGGCUACAUAAGCCCCUCAACAAGGCUGGUGUUCAACUGCACUGGUCUGGCAGCCAAGACGCUUCCAGGCGUCAAGGACGACAAGGUCUUUCCCACACGUGGACAGGUUGUUCUCGCCCGUGCACCAACCGUCAAGCAAAUCAGCAUGCUCCAUGGCAAAGAUUUUGAGACGUACAUUAUUCCAAGGCCGGGUUCGAAUGGCAAUGUGAUCCUGGGAGGGUACAUGCAAAAGGGUGUCGGCGAUGGCUCAACGUAUUCCCACGAGACAAAGUCCAUUCUGGAACGCACAAGCAACCUCGAUACAAAACUCCAAAGCCCAGAGACAGAGGUCCUAGCUGCUUUCGCCGGCAUGAGGCCUUCGAGGACGGGCGGCGCGCGCAUCGAGAGAGAUUUGAUCACAGUCAAGGGUCAGAAGAAGCCGCUUGUUCACAAUUAUGGUGCAGGUGGCACAGGGUACCAAGCAGGCUACGGAAUGGCUCUUGAUGCCGUACAGGCGGCCGAGGAUGAGUUGAAGGAGCUGGCGGUUGAUGCUAGGAAGGCUAAGCUAUGA